GCACCCUGGCCAGGGGCCCCAGGACUCGGCGGCAGGGAGGGGGCGGGGCUCCGGCUCGGAGCUAUCUGCCUGCCCUGGAGGGCGGAGGCUGUUAAUACCGGACCUCGCCCCGCUCUCCAUCCUCCCCUCCCCGAGCCCUCGCAGCCAGUCCCGGGAGGCGGCGUGGAGGGGAGGGCUGCUGGGCCCGGGAACCUGGAGUCCCAGGUUCCGCGAGAGGCCGUAUGUGGGCCGCCCUGGCAGACCGCUCGCUCCAGCCACACCAGGCCGUCUGUGGAUCUGCCACCCGGCAGGAGCUCAGGUACACCUGAGACAGGACUUGAUGGAACACUGUCCAGCUUCAGUGAGCCUCUCAGGCCCAGAGAAGGAGACGCCAAGAUGAGGUGCCGGAUCCCGGACCACUGCUGUCUUGGAAACCACCAAUUUUCCCUCGUCUCCCAUCCCCGUCCCCCCAAAUUCCAAGCCCCCAGCUUCUCCUCCCUCAGAUCCAGGAGUCCUAGACUCUGAUCCCCUUUCCCCUCAGACCCAGGGGCCUGACCCCUUAGUUUCCUCAUUCCUUCAGGCGUCUGCUCCCUGACAUUACUUCUCAGGCUCCCAGCAUCUGCUAAUUCAACUCUCCUCCCCUGCAGCCAUGUGGGCCCCCAGCCGACGUCAUCUCUGUCUCAUCUUCCUGCUAGUCUGUGUUCUUUCCUCAAUCGCCUUCCUCUACGUCCACCAAGGCCUCUUUCACGACGGUGUAGACCUGUUUGCCCUGUGUCCAUCCCACCACCUUGGGACACCUCAUGUGGCCAUCUUCUGCCUGUCGGGCACAACGAUGACUUCCAACGCCUCCCUUUCCUGUCCCCAGCAGCCUGCCUCCCUCACAGGAACCUGGACCAUCCACCCAGACGGCCGAUUUGGUAACCAGAUGGGGCAGUAUGCCACGCUGCUGGCCCUGGCCCAGCUCAACGGCCGCCAGGCCUUCAUCCUGCCCGCCAUGCAUGCCACCCUGGCCCCCGUGUUCCGCAUCACCCUGCCUGUGCUGUCGCCCCAGGUGGACAGCCAGACGUCCUGGCUGAAGUUGCAGCUGCAUGACUGGAUGUCGGAGGAGUACGCCCACGUGGAGCAUCCCGUGCUGAAACUCACCGGCUUCCCCUCCUCCUGGACCUUCUUCCACCACAUCCGGGAACAGGUCCGCAGCCAGUUCACCUUGCACGACCACCUGCGGCAAGACGCCCAGGGUUUCCUGAGUCAGCUCCGCCUGGGCCGCACGGGGGGCCGGCCGAGCACCUUUGUGGGUGUCCACGUGCGCCGAGGGGACUAUCUGCAGGUUAUGCCCCAGCUCUGGAAAGGCGUGGUGGGCGAUCGCGCCUACCUCCAGCAGGCUAUGGACUGGUUUCGGGUGCGGCAUGAAGCUCCCAUCUUUGUGGUCACCAGCAACGGCAUGGAUUGGUGCCGGCAAAACAUUGACACCUCCCGGGGGGACGUGAUCUUUGCUGGCAACGGGCUGGAGGCCUCGCCCGGGAAGGAUUUUGCGCUGCUCACGCAGUGCAACCACACCAUCAUGACGAUUGGCACCUUCGGCUUCUGGGCCGCCUACCUGGCUGGUGGGGACACCGUCUACCUGGCCAAUUUCACCCUGCCUGACUCGAACUUCCUGAAGAUCUUUAAACCGGAGGCUGCCUUCCUGCCGGAGUGGGUGGGCAUUAAUGCAGACUUGUCUCCCCUCCGGACACCGGCCGGGAGACUUCUUGGAAUAGCCUGAUCAAUCAAGGGCCAGCGCUAUGGGUCUCUGGAGGCCUAGCAGCUUCCAGAGCUGGCUAGACUUUGAAAGAAAGGAGGGCUUUCUGCAACUGCCUGAACAUUCGAGAACCAUCCGAAGAUCUAUUCCUGAUGGCUGGCUGUGUCUGGAGAAACUCAUGGCAGUUCUAGAAGGCACAGUGCCCACCUGCUCUUCCCAGCCCCUCCCCAGGGUACUUCUACAUGGCUGUCCCCCAGGAACAGGGGACUCCCCCCUCUAGUUGACCACCUUGGAUGUUUCUAGAAGAGCUGUUUCUCCUCCCCUGGAGUAUUGAAGGAAUUCAGCGGUGUUCCAGAGCAAGUGCUCACCAGCUCCCUCUCUGUAUUUCUGGGGUGCUGUUAGAGGGGAGACUUAGAGAGGACCAACUGGAACCCUGCAGGGCCCUUCCAGAGGGCAUGGGCUUCUGGAAUCCAGACAACUUCAGCAAAGAAUCUAAUGAAGGUACAGCCAGAAGCUCAGCAUAUCACCACUGCCAGAAAGAUUGAUGGAAGACAGACUGUCUGUAGCUGGGGCAGUUGGUGAGCAGAAUGCAACUCUAUCCCACCUCUGCCCCUGAACAAACCACAAAGACUUUUUUGGGGAGCAGAGAGGCUAAAAAUGUGGCAAGUGAGGGACAGGGAUGGCUGCGGAAGCGCUGCAGCUUCUGGUGCAAGGCUUUCCAGAAAUUCAGGGACACUUUUUUUUUUUUCUUGGUGAGGAAGAUUAGCCCUGAGCUAACAUCUGUUGCCACCUUCCCUCUUGUUGAUUGAGGAAGAUCAUUGGUGAGCUAACAUCUCCGGCAAUCUCCCUCCACUUUGUAUGUGGGAUGCCGCCACAGCAUGGCUUGAGAGCUGCGUAGGUCCGUGCCCAGCCCAGACGAGGCGGACACCGUGAACUCCAGGCAGCCGAAGCAGAGCCCAUGAGCCCAACCACUACACCACUGGGCCGGCCCCAGAAAACCUUUUUUUUUAAGCUCAAAAACUGCCAAAGACAGGCAUGCACAUGUUGGCUGUGAGUUGGGGUUGCCCCUCCCCAUUUAAGCUGGGCUGCUGUGGGGGAUGGGAUAGAUUUUUCUGGAAGUCAGCAGGUCUAAAGGCUUCCGGGCUUGCAGAAAUCCCUGGAAUUGUGCCCCUUGGCAAUCAUUGUCUGCCCCAGACUUCACAGAACCACUAAAUCUGGCUUUGGGCAAGUCAAGGAUGAAAGGAUCCAAAGGGAUGCAGACCCGACUAUUGGCCGCAGACCCAGGCAGGAGCACAGGGUCUGGCCAAGGAGAUUGGAAUUCUUGACUCAGAUUUCAGGAGCCCCUCGGUGCUUUUUGAAGGGGUUAAAGGUACAUAUUUUUAUUACAGUUUUGUGGAGGAAUCUAAGCCCCUUUUCUAGUCUUCUCAGGGAGUUUUGGGGGGCCAUUCCCUACUCAGCGGCCGUAGGUGGGAGAGAUGGAGGUAUGUAUUAAAAGUCCACCUCACCAACUCCUGUGUCUGCGUUUUUUGGAGUCUUGUGUGCACCAGCGUGUGCGUCAGCGAGUGAGCAGGGGGAAAGGUGGGGAACUUCCGGGGACUCUCAGGAGUCAUG